GCUCCGGCCGAGCGGUGUGGUGCAGCGGGCUGGCAGCCGCCGGGAGCUGGAGGUAUCGCCAACCAGAGACCAUGAACUGGCACUUCCCACUCCUCUUUGUUCUUGGGACUUUGACAUCUGUAUGUUCCCAGUUCAGUUUUUAUCCUUUGGAGGAACUUAGCUCUGAUGUUGGCAUCCAGGUCUUCAAUCAGAUAGUGAAAGCUAAGCCUCAGGACAACGUUGUUGUGUCCCCUCAUGGGAUUGCAUCAGUCCUGGGGGUGUUGCAGCUGGGGGCUGAUGGCAAGACAAAGAAGCAGCUGACAACUAUGAUGAGAUACAGCGUCAAUGGAGUUGGUAAAGCCUUAAAGAAGAUAAACAGGCUCAUAGUCUCAAAAAAGAAUAAAGACAUUGUUACAAUUGCUAAUGCAGUGUUUGCAAAGAGUGGCUUUAAAAUGGAAGUGCCUUUUGUUACAAGGAACAAAGAGGUGUUUCAGUGCAGCGUCAAGAGCGUGGACUUCGAGGACCCAAAUGCAGCUUGUGAUUCCAUCAACCAGUGGGUGAAAAACGAAACAAGGGGUAUGAUUGAUCAGGUUCUGUCUCCAGAUUAUAUUGAUGGCAGCUUGACCAGGCUGGUUCUAGUAAAUGCUGUGUAUUUCAAAGGCUUGUGGAAAUCAAGAUUUCGACCUGAAAAUACAAAGAAACGUCCCUUUAAUGGAGCUGAUGGGGAGAUCUACCAAGUCCCUAUGCUGUCCCAGUUAUCCAUCUUCCGCUGUGGCACAACAAGUACUCCAAACGAGCUGUGGUAUAACAUCAUCGAGCUGCCCUACCAUGGUGAGAUGAUAAGCAUGCUGAUCGCUCUGCCCACAGAAAGCACCACACCCCUCUCUGCCAUCAUUCCCCACAUCAGCACAAAAACAAUAGGAAGCUGGAUGACCACCAUGGUAGCAAAAAGAGUACAGGUUAUUUUACCAAAAUUUACAGCAGUAGCAGAAACAGACUUAAAGGACCCUCUGAAAGCACUUGGCAUUACAGAUAUGUUUGACCAGUCAAAGGCAAACUUUGCAAAGAUAACAAGGACAGAAAGUCUUCAUGUGUCUCAUGUUCUGCAAAAGACCAAAAUUGAAGUUAGCGAAGAUGGAACCAAAGCUUCUGCAGCAACAACUGCAAUUUUGAUAGCCAGGUCCUCCCCUCCCUGGUUCAUCGUAGACAGGCCGUUCGUGUUUUUCAUCCGGCACAAUCCCACAGGUACGAUCUUGUUUAUGGGACAAAUAAACAAACCUUGAAUGUGGAAAAGACUUUUUCUUCAAGAAGUAAACAGACUCAUGUGGCACACCCCUGUCCUGUUAAAUAUUUUGUACACUACUCUCUGGCUUCACUCAAGAGCUAGUUGUAACCACUGGCUGGGUUUUGAAACAGGAGUCAAAGUAUUUCUGGCUUGGUGGGGGAAAAAAUGCAGAUUGAAACCUACAGUGUCUCUUCAAAAUGUAUAAAAGAUUCUCUAAACUACUGACUGGUUGCCUAUGCUAACAAACUCCUGAGCUCUUUCUGUAUCUACUAAGAAUUUUAUGUAUGGCUUUUGUGAGAGGAUUUUUAACAAGCAAUGGUAAACAUUUCCAUUAAUGUUGGUUUUAUUCUUGGGGGGGGG